AUGGCGAGUGCUUACGAUCCUAAGGGUGUUGCCACCCAGCUUUCCAUGCAGGGUUUCAUUGGAGUUAUUUGGGCUGGUGCUGCCCUUGGGAUAGUUUUCACCGCCAUCCGCAUUGCCAUUCGUCUGAAAUUAGCUAAACGAUUGAUGAUUGAUGAUUACUUGGUCCUUCUUGCGUUGGCAUUCUUUGUUAUAAACGCCAUUCUUCAGACCCUUCAAGCACCACACUUGUACUAUAUGAUUCUCGACGUGACAGGGCCCGACAUCGUCUAUCAUGGAGAACACUAUACGUAUUACGAAUUCGCUAUAAUCGGAGCAAUCAUUCGAGCGAUCGAGAUUGUCGGAAAAGCGUAUUCGGACCAAGCGGCUCUCGCUGUGUGGGGAAUUGCUGAAUCAACCAUCUCAAUGGUAGUUGGCUGCCUCCCUCCAUUCAAAUCCCUUAUCGUGAGCAAAUCGAAUGCAAGCCAGUACGCAUAUGGCCCUUCCACCUUCAAUUCCAACUCCUAUGCUACACCCUCACUGCCAAAGAGAAAGUCUGCCAUCGCCGCUUGGCAUGAAGACGAUGUACCACUGCAGGAUCGCAGGACAUACCAGAAUUUGGAUGGUGAUCUAUAUAAGCAGGGCGUGCACAUAAGUGGAAGCCGUGAUGAAGGGGUUUUCCGAUCAAAGGGCUCUCGUGCGGUGGUAUCGGAGGACGAGUUCAGAGGAAAUAUCAAGAUGGUGAAGGAAUUUAGUGUGGUCUCCUCAAAGUAG